UGCGCAAUUUCUGGUUAUAGUUACAUUGACAGCAGAAAUUUCAGGCAUUUCGCUACUAGAAAACAACAGCCAAACAACAAGCAGCAGGCAAAAAGGCAGAAUUUAAAUAGCGCCAUGCAGUUAAUGAUCACCUUGGUCGCUCUCAUCCUCUCAGCUCAAGGUGUGCCAACCGACAACGUCGGCCGGAUUGUGAAUGGCCAUGAAGCCACUCGGGGAGAAUUCCCGUGGCUCGUGUCCAUUUCGGAAAACGGCCAACACAUUUGCGGCGGUUUCAUCUACAGUGAUCGGAACAUCGUCACCACAGCAUCUUGCCUUUUUGGUAAAGCCAAUGAGGCUCUGAAGGUGAAGGUGGGUGCGUUUGUGUUGGAAACACCCGAAGCAAAUGAACAAAACAUCGAAGUUCUCUCCGUCAGUAUCUAUCCCUCGUUCGACCAUGUUUAUCAAAUGGAUGACUUGGCGCUCAUCAACAUAAAAAGGCCGAUCGUCUUUAGCGACACGGUCAAACCCAUCCGCUACGAAGAGCUGGUCGAGUCACUUCACACGGCCACUAUCGCCGGGUGGGGCGUUACAUCAGAAGGAGGUGUUUGGGAACAGAGACUUCAUAAAACGAACGUUUUCAACCUCACAGCCGACUGUCGGUUUUAUGGUCAAAACGAAUAUUCCUUCAACUACAUGAUUUGCGCUGGAGACGGAACCACAAGUCCCUGCGAUUAUGAUCAAGGAUCGCCACUGGUUCAAUCCUCGGAUACAGGCAACAUUGUAGUCGGAAUCAUGUCGAAGAACCGCGGCUGUGUGGCUCCCUAUCCGCCAACUAUCUACACCCGUCUGUCAUCCUAUUACCCUUGGCUGAAGCAGACCGCUGGCCAACAACCGGCUAACCUUUAAUCGACACGAAUAUGAUGAUUCCUUUUUCGACCGAAAUAUAUUUGCGCAUUAAGAAUUGCUUAAUCCACAUAAAAAGGCCCUAUUAACCAAACAGCCUGUAGAUUUCGUUUGUUUGUACCAUUAUUCAGUGAGAUAUUGAGUUCCAAAAUAUAUACUAGAAAUUAUUGUAAA